UUUUACUAAAGGACUUUUUGCAAUUUCUUCAAAGUGGUUAAUAAGUGCCGGUUCUGGAAAAUUUGCGUGGUCAGAGAAUCUCCCGAAAAUGACAGCUUUUGAGGAGUUUGGUGUUUUGCCGGAAAUUGGACGUGCUGUUGAUGAAUUAGAAUGGACUCUACCCACGGAUGUCCAAGCUGAAGCAAUUCCCCUAAUCCUGGGCGGUGGAGAUGUCCUGAUGGCUGCAGAGACAGGCAGUGGAAAAACUGGAGCCUUCUGCUUGCCCAUUUUGCAAAUUGUAUGGGAAACCCUCAAGGAUAUCCAAGAGGGAAAGGGUCAGAAAGGAGGAGGAGGAGCAGCAGCUUCGGGAACUACGGCAAAGCCAUGGACAAUGUCUUUCUUCGACCGUGGGAAUGCCCUGGCUGUGUCCCCUGAAGGCCUAAAGUGCCAAUCGCGAGAAUUUAAGGAAUGGCACGGAUGCAGAUGCACAACUGGCGUUCAGGGUGCUGGAAAAUACUUCUUCGAAGCUACUGUGACAGAUGAGGGGCUCUGUCGUGUUGGGUGGUCUACUCAAAGUGCCAAUCUUGACUUGGGCACUUGCAAAUUUGGCUUUGGCUUCGGAGGAACGGGCAAAAAGUCCAACAAUCGCCAAUUUGAUGAUUAUGGUGAAGCCUUUGGGAUAAAUGACAUUAUCGGAUGUCUCCUGGAUCUGCAGGCCAAUGAGGUGCGCUACAUGAAAAAUGGAAAGGAUCUUGGAGUGGCCUUCAAAGUGCCAGAUUUCUUGCGCACUGAGGCUUUUUAUCCGGCUGUUGUGCUGAAAAAUGCUGAGAUGCUUUUUAAUUUUGGAGAGGAGCCCUUUAAGCAUCCUCCACCAAAGGGAUUUGUCGCUCUCACGGCAGCUGACAAGAAGAAUGUCAAGAAUAAUCCUCAAGCUGUUCCCUCAGCAGCUGCUGUAGCCGAUGCUAAGCCCAAACCAAAUGCUCCGCAGGCGAUAAUUAUUGAGCCAUCGAGGGAAUUGGCCGAACAAACCCUGACGCAGAUCACGAGGUUCAAGAAGCACCUGAGGGAUCCUAUGAUCAGUGAACUCCUCCUGAUUGGUGGAGUCAAUGUGCGCGAUCAGAUGGCCGCCCUGGAACGUGGUGUAGACAUAAUUGUUGCAACUCCUGGACGUUUGGAAGAUCUCAUUGGAGGUGGAUACCUUCUGCUCUCUCACUGUCGAUUCUUCGUCCUGGACGAGGCUGAUGGAUUGCUGCAGCAGGGCUAUGGAGACAUGAUUGAUCGGCUGCACAAGCAAAUCCCGAAGAUCACGGCUGACGGAAGGCGUUUGCAGAUGAUCGUCUGCAGUGCUACGCUGCAUUCAUUCGACGUCAAAAAAAUGGCUGAGAGACUCAUGCACUUCCCCACUUGGGUGGAUCUCAAGGGGGAAGAUGCUGUGCCAGAGACUGUGCAUCAUGUAGUAGUGAGAGUUGAUCCACAGAAGGAUACAGCCUGGCACAACAUGAGACAACGCAUUCAGACCGACGGUGUCCAUGCCCAAGACAAUGUCAGACCAGGAAAUAGCACAGCAGAAACCCUGUCCGAAGCCAUAAAAAUCCUCAAAGGAGACUACUGCGUGAGAGCCAUUGAGGAGCACAAAAUGGACAGAGCAAUCAUUUUCUGCCGCACAAAACUCGACUGUGACAAUCUCGAGAAGUAUUUCAGGCAAGUCGCUGGGCAGAAAUACUCCUGCGUUUGCCUGCACGGUGAUCGGAAGCCCCAAGAGCGAAAGGCCAAUUUGGAGGCAUUCAAGGAGAAACGUGUGAAAUUCCUCAUUUGCACCGAUGUAGCUGCAAGAGGAAUUGACGUCACUGGGCUGCCAUUUAUGAUCAAUAUCACCCUUCCGGACGAGAAGUCCAACUACGUGCACAGGAUUGGACGCGUAGGAAGGGCUGAGAGAAUGGGACUUGCCAUCAGUUUGGUGGCAUCUGUGCCAGAGAAAGUCUGGUAUCAUGGGGAGUGGUGCAAAUCUCGCGGGAGAAAUUGCUGGAAUACCAACUUGACUGAUCAAAGGGGAUGCUGCAUUUGGUACAAUGAGAUGAAUUACUUAGCUGAGAUUGAGGAUCACCUCAACAUUACCAUUCCUCAAGUGGACAAGGAUAUGAAGGUGCCAGUGAAUGAUUUUGAUGGGAAAGUAGUUUAUGGAGAGAAACUCAAGAAUACAGGGACCGGAUACAAGGAUCACGUGCAGCAAUUGAUUCCAGUGGUACAGCAACUUUCAGAUCUGGAGUCUAGAGCUCAAGUACUCUUCCUCAAACAUCUUCCUAAGAAGCGCUAAGAUCAAGGGUCUUUUUCCCGGAAACUCAUAUAAUUUAUUGCUUGUAUGAUCGAAAUAAAAGAAACUCAAAUCCCAGCAAUUUACAAA